AUGGUUCCGGCCGGCAGCCACCAACGGCCGCAGGGGCCUCCCCUGAUCUACGUGACCCGCUUCGCCUCGCACCGCGGUGGCGUGUGGCAGUUGAGGGGCCCCCGAGGUCUCUGUCAUCAAGGCCCAGGACUCGGGGCCUGCUCCGCCAUGGAGGGAGCGGCCGUGGAGAGUGGGCCCCCGGGACGAGAGCUGCCAACCGGCACCCAGGCCCCGGUCGCCACCAUCCCCGACUCCACCUCUUUCCAGCUGCGGAGGUCGAGAGCGCCGACAACGCCCAGGGGCCUGGAGCAAGCGGCGCGAGCAGGUUUAAAGCAGAAAACUGCAGCUGAAGAGUUUGAUUUCCCCAUACCACUGAAUGAGUCCUCCAAAACAAUGAAGGAAAUGAAAAAGGUCUUAGCGUGGAAAAAAGUUAGCAAAGUCAUUUCCAGAAUGAUUGCAGAAAAUGAAAACUACAGACACAGACUGAAGUGCCAAAAAUUAUCUAGUGAAAUUGGAGUUAGUACAAGAUGA